CCGGUAAUAAAUUAAGCGAAAUAACUGAACGCGAAGGUGACUAUUGUGGUGGAAGUUUUGUAGACCAAGAAUUUCUCAAAUUUCUUGGUAGACAAGUUGGCUCUUCAGCAAUCGAUCUUGUUAGACAGAAUCAUUAUGGUCAACUUCAGUACAUGGUUCAAGAAUUUUGUAGAAAAGUUAAAAUUCCAUUCACAGGAGACAUUAAAGAUUUCAAGCGUGUUGAGCUUGAUUUGGAGGAUAUUUGCCCGGUUUUGAAACAAUAUGUAAAAGGUCAAGCUAAGGAAGAUAUGGAAGAUGCUGAAUGGCUUGUGAACAUUGAAUUUGAUGAUGUUAAAGCAAUGUUCGAUCCUGUAGUUGGUAAAAUAAUUAGAUUAAUUCAUGGCCAACUAAAUAAAAGUGAAGAAGAAUGUUCCGUAAUGUUUUUGGUUGGUGGAUUUA